AUGUUCGCUUUGGAAGAGCUUCCACGGAUACCCGACUUCACUGAGCGUGCAAUUUGUGAGCUUUUCGAACUAUACGCAUCCAUCGAGAGUGUACAGCUACCACCGCAAUCAUCCGACGCAACGAACAGCUCCAGCGCUACGGCACCUGGGAACAUCUUCAGUGCUGAACGUGGCCCCAGGUACCUUGGCCCAAGAGCGCUGGUUCGUUUCUUUACUGAGCUUGGUGUAGACAUGCGCUCGCUGGCUGCCUUAGCGUUUGCCUGGCUCGGACGUUGGCAGUACCCCUGUCAUUGCAGAGAAGAGGGUUUUGCGCGAGGCGUGCGUUACGCGCUCUGGGCACUAGACCGGCGGCAGCACAAUGAGCCCAGACGCUGGGAACAAGUCCAGGCGACAUGCUCAACGCUUCUCGAAACCAGUAUCUGGCCAAGGGAAUCGACAGCACUGUUUGAACGGCUCCGAUCGGCCUUUCCGGACGCCGUCCUGUCCUACACGCAGCGUUCUGCUGAAGCCGCUCUUGAUUUUUACCUUUUCGCCUUUGACUUGAACCGCCAGAGCCCAUACCGGCGCUCGCUGUCGCUCACUGACGCCCGUUACCUCUGGAAACAGUUUCUCAGCGAAUCGUGCUAUCUCGCGACGCCUGCUUCCCCGGGAACGCCAGCGGGAGUCGCCAAUCAGCCAUGGCGAUAUCUCGAGCACUUUGACGCAUACCUCGAGUCGCGCUGUGGAAUGGCUGGCACCAUCAUCUCACGUGAUACAUGGUACUGGGUGCUAAUGUUUGCGCGCGAAACCCAGGUCGCAGGAUCCAGCUUCUUUGCGAACUACAACCAGGGGGAUGCCUGGCCUGUACUCCUAGACGGAUUUGUGGAGUAUCUGCGCGAAAACAAGCUUCUUAGCUCGUGA